CCAUGAAAACAUGUUAUGUUAGUUGCGGUUGUAAUAAAUCGUCUCAUUGCGCGGACUGGGGCCAAAAUAACAUCUUAUGUUAUGGUUCUUCUAACGCAGUUGUAAUAUGCCAACCUGAAACCAAAGAUGGCAAGUGUGCUCAAAUCAGACACACUUUGGCAGUGCAUUCUGGAAGUGUCAACUUUGUCAAGUGGAUUUCCAAAUACAAACAAGGUGCGGAAACGGAGAUGAUCUCUGGAGGCGUGGACAAGACUGUUAUUGUGUGGCAGGCACAGGAUGAUAGUUACACCAUGAAACAGAAGCUCACUGGACACAAUGGUCCCAUUACAACUCUUGAUGCAGCUUAUAUACUUCCGGAGAAUGAAGAGUCAAAUCAAGGGGAACAACUCUGCACAGUGAUUGUGUCAGCAUCUGUCGACUCGUCUGUGAAAAUCUGGAGAAGGAUAAAAGAUGGCGAUUUUGCUGAGACCCAGGCACUUAACUAUGGAAGCGGGUUUGCCCUCGAUGUUUCACUUAUAAAAUUACCAAACACCAACAGGCUGAUGUUGGCGUGUGGGUGUGAUGACAUGAAGAUACAUGUGUAUAUUGAACAAGAUACUCCUAAUGGAUUACAGUUUACUCCAGUCAUCACACUGCCAGGACAUGAAGACUGGGUCCGAGCUCUGGAUUUCACCCUACAUGAUAAUGGAGACCUGCUUCUCGCCAGUGCGGCCCAGGAUUUUCUGGUACGUGUUUGGAGAUUUUCUGAGAGGGAGUGUUCAACUGCACCGAUACAGCAGAUAUCAAUACUUGACCUGCCGCUAGACAAAGAUUUUCAAAUGAGAGAGACUACACUGACCUUUGAUUACAAAGGUGCCACAAAGGUGUAUGCUGUAACCCUGGAGACAGUUUUGAGCGGGCAUGAGAACUGGAUCUACUCUGUCAAGUGGAAACCUAGGUCUUUAAAAGAUGGGCAGAACCACCAGGAGAUGUGCCUGUUGUCUGUCUCCAUGGAUAAAACCAUGAUCUUGUGGAGACCUGAUGCUGAAUCUGGGGUCUGGAUGGAGCAGGUUCGAGUUGGAGAAGUGGGGGGAAAUACACUUGGUCUGUAUGGUGGAAUGUUUGGUCCGGAUGGGGACUCAAUCCUGGCACAUGGCUACCAAGGAGCUUUUCAUCAUUGGACUUCUAAUCAGGAAUUAUCAAACUGGGGGCACAUGGUGACCGUGAGCGGCCAUUUUGACUCUGUCGAGGACAUCGAGUGGGAUAAGAGGGGAGGUAACUUCCUACUCUCAUGCAGUCUUGAUGAAACUGUGAGGUUACAUGCCCCUUGGGUCAACAAAGACAGAGAGGUAAUAUGGUAUGAGAUUGCUCGACCGCAGAUCCAUGGAUAUGCCCUACAGUGUAUUGCCAUGGUAAAUAGAUAUCAAUACGCCUCAGGUGCUGACGAAAAAGUAGUCCGCAUAUUUGAUGGCACAGACAAUUUCAUCGAAAACUUCUGUAAUUUGUGCAAUAUUGAUCUGAAAGUGGAACAUGAAUCAGAAGACGCUAAAAAUAGACCAGUUGGUGCCAGUGUUCCGGCGUUGGGAUUGUCGAACAAGGCCAUAUUUUCAGAGGGCGUUACAAAUUUGAUGGAAGACUUGGAAAUUAAGCCGGGAAAUAAUGAGCAAUACACGGAUAAUGUGUUUACCUCUGUUUCCCUGAAAGCCCCUCCAAGUGAAGAGCAUCUAUUACAGAAUACUCUCUGGCCGGAGGUACAAAAGCUCUAUGGGCAUGGAUAUGAGAUAUUCUCACUGGCCUGUGACCCCCAGGGGACUAUACUAGCCAGUGCUUGCAAGGCAUCAAAAGCAGAAUUUGCCUCUGUGAUACUCUGGGACACUGUUACCUGGCAACAGUUGCUAAUCUUGGAAGGUCAUAGCCUAACUGUGACCCAGAUGGCUUUCUCCCACAGUGGAGAGUAUUUACUGACUGUGUCAAGGGACAGAACUUGGUAUUUGUAUAGAAGAAGAGGGGCAGAUAAUCCUAAAGAAGAUCCUCUAUUUCGCCAUGUAAUACACACGGACAAGAAGACAUGUGUCCAUGGAAGGAUUAUUUGGUCAUGUUGCUGGACACAUGAUGAUAAAUACUUCCUGACUGCUUCUAGGGAUAAAAAGGUUGUAGUCUGGAACUGCCCAAAAGCAGACGACAUGGAGCCAAAAAUGGCGGGAAGACUGGAUGUAGCUGAUUCUGCAACUGCGGUUGACACUGCACCCACCGUACUCUCAAAUGGAAGCUAUCUUGUGAGUGUUGGCCUUGACAACGGGCAGGUGCUUCUUUACAGUUGGUUGCCAGGGCCAACAACGUCAGCUUGGAAACAAUUGGUUGUUCUUGACAACAACAUUUCUCAUCAUCUGACUGUGAAGAGGUUAAGAUUUAGACCGUGCCUCGGUUUGGCUGGUAUCCAUGGCAACGACCUUGAAGGGUCAAAUGUGAAGGAAAGAGAUUUCUGGUUACAGCUAGCUAGCUGUGGAAUGGAUCGGGCAGUGAAAAUAUACAAUAUUAAUCUUGAAAAGCUUACUUAAUAAACAUGAUUGAUAUUAUGUGUUUAUUUAUGGGAGAAUGCAUUUGAAAUCUGUGAUUCUUGUAUGUGCUAUAAAUGUUUAUAAGAUGAUUAUAGGACGUAUUGCCUAUUGGAAUUGAAGGUAUGAAUA